AUGCAAAGGUCGUGUUGUGUUUUUAGCGAGCUAUGGCUGCCUUGAGUUGGUUUACGUGCAGACAGCUGCCGCGGAUUGCAAAUCAGUUCGCCUGGGUUGUGAAGUACGUCAGGCCUCAGUACCUCGGGGGACUGCCGGUGAGGAGAGUCCACGGGUCGUCGCGGAAAUGGGUGGCUGAGAAGGGGCCAUGGGGCAAGGCUCGGAUGCCAGAGUAUCAUCUUCUGACAGAACUUGAUAAGGCGGAUGCCUUGAUGCUGAAAAAGUCCCACGAAACUGGGUUCCUGUCUUGGUUCCGGAACGGACUCCUGGCCACCGGGAUCGGGGUCAUCGCUUUCGUCCAGAGUGAUGUGGGACGAGAGGCAGGAUAUGCUUUCUUCAUCCUGGGUGGUGUGUGUGUAUCGUUCGGCGGGGCGUCCUACGUGGGCAGUCUGUUUUCGCUGAGGAGGAUGAUGCUUCUCUCCCUGCCUGCCGUGCUGCUGAAUGUUGCUGUGGUGAGCAGCGUCGCCCUCUUCUGGCUGUGUGCGGUAUCUCUCUACAUCGGACGCCUGGAGGUGGAGAUUAUACAUGAGGAGGACGAGGACGAUGACGGAGAGGAGUGUCCAGACUGUCGGGACCGCGCCAACCACUCCCAUGGCAACCGGCACCACGGCAGCAACAAAGGCCAAGACAAGUAGAGAGUGUGAGUGAGUGAGUGAGAGGACUGAGAGGAAGUGUGUAUGACAUUCAAAGAGAUGGGGGGGAAUAAAGGGGAUCAGUGAAAGGCAUGAUUAAUUUGGAUGGUGGUUGUUUGCUGACCUCUGAUAUUGAUUUGUGUGGGUGGGUGUGUUAAAUUGCUGGGAUAACGAGUUAAUUUUUAGUUCAUAAUAUCAAUGUUAGAUUUUUUUUUUUUAAUUGUAGUUUUAUUUUUCUGUGAGAGUGCCUCGUUUGAGUUGAUUUACUCCUGAUCAUGUUUACUUUAUGAAUCAAAGUGCCCUGUACAAUUCCCAAGCCAUACUCUGAGCCAGCUCAUGCUGUGUUCACCUAAAUAUGGUUUUGAUUGAUGUAAAAAAAAAAAAAAAAUCAGUUUAUUCUAUAUUUAUUACGAAGGAGUACUUGGAUUCUCUGUAGUAAUCCAUGCUGGUGAUGUAGAAUGAGGAGAUGUAGCCCAUGUUGCAGUGUUGAAUGGAUGAACUAGCCCUAUGUGAACUUGCGAUAUAAUGUAUAAAUACUCUAGGUAAGUAAUCAGCAAUGGUCUAUAUUUGUGUCAUCGAUUUUCUGUGUGUAAAAAAGUCUGUGGGUUUUUCUUAUGUGUUCUGUAUUUUAGAUUGAAAAGUUUAUUUUAACUCAUAAAGGCUUUGGCUUACGUUUUUUUUUCCCCCAAAGGGUUUUGUGAUUCAAAUAUACUUUUGUCACAAAGGAAAUGACAACAACAACAAAAAAUGUCAAAGUGCUGUAAGUUUUUAAUUUUUUUUUUUAAACAUGUUCAAUGCAAUCUUGAUAGUGGAUUUCUAUGGAGUAGUUUAGUUUUAACUGUAAAGUAUCGUUAUUUCAUACCUUUACUCAAUCGAGGCUUGAAAGCUGCAGCCACAACGUAGCCACAACGUAAUCAAAAUUACCACCUUGAACCUCUUGUCUUUUUGGAGAGAUUUUUAGUGAGAAACUAUAACAUUUGUAUAACCCAUGUGUUUGUGUGAGAUGGACAUUUACAGUGCUUUUGGAAAGUAUUCAGACCCCUUGACUUUUUCCACAUUUUGUUACGUUACAGCCUUAUUCUAAAAUAUAUAUAUUUUUUAAAAUCCCCCUCGUCAAUCUACACACAAUACUCCAUAAUAACAAAGCAAAAACAGGUUUUUAGACAUUUUUGCAAAAAAUAGAUAAUUAUUUGACAGAUUUGCAUAAGCGUUCUGACCCUUUACUCAGUACUUUGUUGAAUCACCUUUGGCAGCGAUUACAGCCUCGAGUCUUCUUGGGUAUGACGCUAUAAGCUUGGCACACCUGUAUUUGGGGAGUUUCUCCCAUUCUUCUCUGCAGAUCUUCUCAAGCUCUUGUCAGGUUGGAUGGGUAGCGUCGCUGCACAGCUAUUUUCAGGUCUCUCCAGAGAUGUUAGAUCCAGGCUCUGGCUGGCCCACUCAAGGACAUUCAGAGACUUGUCCCGAAGCCACUCCUGCAUUGUCCUGGCUGUGUGCUUAGGGUCGUUGUCCUGUUUGGAACCUUUGCCCCUGUCUGAAGUCCUGAGCGCUCUGGAGCAGAUUUUCAUCAAGGAUCUCUCUAGUUUGCUCCUUUCAUCUUUCUGUUGAUCCUGACUAGUGUCCCAGUCCCUGCCGCUGAAAAACAUCCCCACAGCAUGAUGCUGCUUCAUCGUAGGGAUGGUGCCAGGUUUCCUCCAGACGUGACGCUUGGCAUUCAGGCCAAAGAGUUCAAUCUUGGUUUCAUCAGGCGAUAAAAUCUUGUUUGUCAUGGUCUGAGAGUCCUUUAGGUGCCUUUUGGCAAACUCCAAGUGAGCUGUCAUGUACCUUUUUACUGAGGAGUGGCUUCCGUCUGGCCUGAUUGGUAGAGUGCUGCAGAGUUGGUUAUCCUUCUGGACGGUUCUCCCAUCUCCACAGAGGAACUCUGGAGCUCUGUCAGAGUGACCAUCGGGUUCUCGGUCACCUCCCUGACCAAGGCCCUUCUCCCCCGAUUGCUCAGUUUGGCCGGGGGGACAGCUCUAGGAACCUUCAAUUCUGCAGACAUUUUUUUGUGGUACCCUUCCCCAGAUCUUUGCCUUGACACAAUCCUGUCUCUAAGCUCUAUGGACAAUUCCUUCGACUUCAUGGCUUGGUUUUUGCUCUUACAUGCACUGCCAACUGUAACCUUAUAUAGACAGGAGUGUGCCUUUCCAAUCAACUUAAUUUACUACAGAUGGACUCCCAUCAAGUUGUAGAAACAUCUCAAGGAUGAUCAAUGGAAACAGGAUGCACCUGAGCUGAAUUUUGAGUCUCGUAGCAAAGGGUAUGAAUACUUAUGAAAAUAAUUGUUUUUAGUUUUUGUUUUAGUUUUUUUGCACACAAAAAAUGUGAACUGUUUAUGCAUUGUUAUAUUAUGUGUAGAUUGAUGAGGAAAUGUUAGCAUUUAUCAAUUUUAGAAUCAGGCUGUAACAUAUCAAAAUGUGGAGAAAAGUCAUCAGGUUUGAAUACUUUACGAAUGCACUGUAGGUAUGGUUAUCCUCUAGCCUGUUCCACCAUCCUGACCUGACCACUGCGCUUCAGAACAUUAGCAUGCGAGACCUGGAUGGUGGAACGUGGCGAGUUAGUCGCUAGAGAUAAUCUGUAUGGAGUUGCAGUGUGAUGUAUUUGAUUUCUGCAUGGCCUUCAGUACAACGUACUGUAUAUCAUUAGACUUCAUGUAUGAAUAUGUACAUAAACAUAGUUACAAAAUCAAA